GGGGCGUCUGGGCGGGCUGGCCGGCCUGGGAGCUGCUGACUGCCUGCGUGGUGAUCGCCGCCCUGGGCUUGCUGCUGCGCCGGUGGGACAGGAGAGCCGGUGGCCGCGGAGGCCCAGAAGCUGGAGGAGCAGGGGCCGCCCCGCCCGGCUCGACUCCUGUGCCUGAGGAGAAGCCCAGCAGCCGUGGGAGCCGCCAAGGGGUAAUAACAAUGGAUAACAUAUUGUCACGACUGAAGCAGCUAACUCCUGAUGAGCUGAGAGAAGAAAUUGUCAAGGCAGGACAGAAAUGUGGGCCCAUUACACUAACCACUAGGUCAAUUUUUGAAAAAAGACUGGCCCAAUCACUGUGGGAAGAGCAAGGAGAGGCAUCUGUUUCAAACGGUGUGCCUGGAACUGCAACAGCUGAUAACAGCCAAUUAGAAACCAACAAACCUCCAAUGAAUCAAAAUGGUCACGUAAGCUCCUCUGAAGAUGCUGAUUUUGGGUACAGUAUGGGUUUGAACCCACCAGAAGAGGAAGCCCUAAUGCACAAGAUGGGUACUGGAUCCGUUGGUGAAGCGGUAGGAGUUGAUUCUCCAAGUUCACAGGCUCUUUCUAAGGAACCUCAUCAAUAUUAUGGAGUAUGUCCAGUUUAUGAUGAUAUAUUGGCGAGAAAUGAGAGAGUGCAUGUGUAUGAGGACAAAAAGGAAGCGUUACAAGCGGUUAAAAUGAUAAAAGGCUCACGAUUUAAAGCUUUCUCAAACAGAGAAGAUGCAGAGAAAUUUGCUAAAGGAAUAUGUGAUUAUUUCCCUUCUCCAACAAAGUCCUCUUUAUCCUUGUCUCCUGUGAAAGUUUGCUCAGUUUUUAACAGGGAUGGGUUAUGCUCUCCUGAGCUGGAAACAGUUAGUAAAGAGAGAGCCAAUAGUUUUAAAAGUCCUCGUACACAGGAUCUUACUGCCAAACUUCGGAAAGCUGUUGAGAAAGGAGAUGAAACUGCAUUCUUGGACCUUAUCUGGAGCAAUCCUCGCUAUCUCAUUGGUUCUGGGGACAACCCAACAAUUGUCCAGGAAGGCUGCAGAUACAACGUCAUGCACGUGGCAGCCAAGGAGAAUCAGCCUGGUAUCUGCAGGUUGCUGUUGGACACUUUGGAAAAUCCUGAAUUUAUGCGGAUGAUGUAUCCGGAUGAUGAUAUGAUCAUGUUACAGAAGCGUAUCAGAUACAUUGUCGAUCUCUAUCUUAACACACCAGAUAAAAUGGGUUUUGACACACCAUUGCAUUUUGCUUGCAAGUUUGGGAACCCAGAUGUGGUCAGUGUGCUUACCUCGCACCCAGAUAUUGAUAAGCACCCAAAGAACAAGUACGAACAAACACCAGCAGAGGUAAUUUGUGAGAGGAGCAAAAAUAAAUCUGUGGAUCUGAAAGAGAAAAUCAGGGAAUAUUUGAAAGGUCAGUAUUAUGUGCCACUCUUUCGAGCAGAAGAUAAUGCCUCAGCACCUGUGAUUGGAGCACCUUGGUCACCUGACCAGACAGAAGAUAGCCCACAUGUUUCUCUACCCAGAUAUGUAGGCAGCCCUAAAGAUCCUGUGUUAACAGUGAGGGCUUAUGCUGGCCCAGUGAGCCCUUCCAAGGCAGAAGAAUUCCGCAGGCUUUGGAAGACUCCGCCUCGAGAGAGAGCAGGAUUUUUUCACAAUCUUAGAAAAUCUGACCUGGAAAGAGGUGUUGAAAGAGUUGGAAGGGAGUUAGCUCAUGAACGGGGGUUCCCGUGGGUUGAAUACUGGGAAUUUCUGGGCUGUUUUGUUGAUCUGUCUUCCCAGGAGGGGUUACGAACUCUAGAAGAAUACCUGAAUCAACGGGAAAUGAGCGAUAAAGCUCAGCAGGAAACAGGGGAGAAAGAAACCCACAACAGACACAAAACUGCACAACUUUCUGGCAAAGGUAAAAAAAGCUGCAAUUCCAUCUCCGUUGGGGCUUUUUUAGACGACGAUGACAUGAGCCUGGAAGAAGUUAAGAACAGGCAGAAUGCAGCUCGGAACUACAGCCGGGUGAAUGCGCCCAGUGAACCAACGAUCAGUGACAUUGGAAGUUCAGAGCGCGACAUCCUGUCCAUUGCACAUACGGGGGGGAUGAUACCAAUGGAAGACGUCUCCAACGGGCACUAUGAGAAUGGGGGUCCAGCUGGUAAAAACGGAUGUUGUAGUCCUGUGACGGGUGAUAGGACAGGAAGUGCUCACAGGAGGCAUCCCAGUCAGGAAGAGUGCCUCCAGUCACCCGUCUCUAACUUAAGGGAAGAAUUCGAUAAACUGGCUUGUCAGGAGCACACAGUGGGAGGUGAAGAAGGUGGAAAGGCGAGCCAGGCCACUUCAGAAAGUGAGAACGAGAGAUUUCAGAAGGAAAGCACAAGGCAGCUGAGGAAACCCAGGGACCACCUUACUAAGCUGGGUACAGCUGCUGGAAAGACAGAGGGUACAAAAAUAAGGACAGAAGAGAAAACGCCACUUGCUGGAAGACCAUCAGCAGACAUCGAUGUCUGGAGUAGAGAGACAAAGCAGGUUAGCAGUUCUGAACUGCAGCCCAAGAUGUCUCCAGGAUGUGUCUCAGAGACCUCACCCGAAAGAGUCAAGAGGUUAUUUCUCUUAGGUGAGAAGCCAUCCAAGUUGGACAAUGAUGUGUUAACAGCUCUAAAUGGAGUAGAGAUUGACUCACAAAGAUAUCCUGCUAUCUAUAAGUGGUCUACAGCUGUACAGUCCUGCUCACCUUCUGAACGGCAAAGUUGGGAAAAUCCAACACUGAAAGGUUGUUUCAAGAGGCAAACAGUUCAAAGCCCAUCCGGUGGCCCACUAUAUUGUAGCCCAGGAAAGAACUCUCUGGCAUUCAGUAGUCCCGGCAAGUACAGUACAGCUGCUGCCAAUUGUUCUCCAGAAUUUGUGAGCCCUGGACGGUACAGCCCAGCAUAUGUGAACCAUAUUCUGUUAUCCAAACUGCAUCACUUUCCAGGAGCACCGACUCAUUAG